AUGGCUGACGAAUUAAAGAAAGCCAGGGGUCAAAUUAAAUCUAAGCUUACGCGAUUUCAAACAUUUAUUUCAAAACUUAAUAACGAUACGGUUACCGAGGAAGAUGCAAUUGAGCUCCAAGAUAGAUUGGAGGCUAUAACGCCCUUGAUGAAGGAAUACGAUGAGACUCAUAGUAAAAUGAUUAAUUUGGUCUCUGAUGUGAGCGACGACGAAUGUCACCACGCACAAUUUGAAUCUGCUUAUUUUAAAGCGACUUCAUUCGCGAAAUUGCUGCUCAACAAAGCAAAAGUUGAACGCAUUUCAAUAUCUCCGUCGUGCAAUUCCGAUGCGAGAAGCGUUAACAGUUCUUCCCACAAGAACCCAUUUUUUAAUCUGCCUAAGAUAUCAAUUCCUAAAUUCUGUGGUGAUUUAGAAAACUGGAUAGAGUUCAGGGAAAUUUUUAACAGCCUCAUUCAUUCAAAUGAGGAGCUAAACGACGUUCAACGACUACACUAUUUGAAGUCAAGCCUUACUGGCGACGCAAGCCAGGUAAUCAAAUCGCUACAAUUUUCCGCCGGCAACUAUCAAGUUGCUUGGAAAGCAAUCUGUGCUAGGUAUGAUCAGCCUCGCAUGCUAAUACGCAAUCAUUUAAGAUCUAUACUAGAUUUAGAAUCCUGUGUCAAGGAGGCGUCUCCCGCAUUAAGAAAGAUCUCUGAUGCAUUAUUCAAACACGUCACCGCUUUACGUUCGCUAGCCUCCGACGCCCAAUUAUUUGAAACUACCAUCAUAUAUAUAAUGUCUCACAAACUAGAUUCUACCACAUUACGCCAAUGGGAAAGAAACCAAAAUGAUGCUGGUACCGCAAUACCGAACUUUGACGAGUUCAAAACUUUCUUAACAAACACUGCAAACUUGCUAGAUAGCUUGCAAUCCAAAUCGGAUUCGAAAUCUACCCCUACGCCAGUAUACGCCAAAGGAAAACCUCAAAUGUCAAAAUCCUUUGUGAUGAAUUCUCCAAUAUGCAUAUUAUGCAAAGACUCCCAUACACUCAAUUCUUGUGAGCAUUUUCUAAAAUUUUCUCCAUCUCAAAGAAUUGCCAAAGUUAAAGAAUUAAAACUAUGUUUGAAUUGUCUGUACAAGGGUCAUAUGAUAACUCAGUGUACUUCUAAAUACAGCUGUCGCACCUGCAAGGGGCGGCAUCAUUCCCUGCUGCACCUAAGCUCUGGUCCUGCUAGCCAAGAGGCGCCUACUGGGCGGAAAAUAGAGUCCAAUCCUUCUAGUAGCAAUAACGAUGAACCAAGUCAAAGUAUUGCUGCAUUUUGCACGAACACCAUUCAAGUUCUUCUACCAACCGCUUCAGCUCAAAUUCUUGAUUCUACUGGAGCGGCACACACAAUUCGUGUUUUAUUAGAUUCUGGUUCGCAGUCUAAUUUCAUUCGCGCUAGCAUUUGUCAGAAAUUGAAGCUGAACGUCGAAAAUGCUAACGUUACGGUGUCAGGUUUAAGUAAAUUAUCCUCCACUAUUCGAUCAAAAUGUCGUGUAAUUUUACGAUCUCAAUAUUCGGGUUUUCAAGAGGACGUUUCUUGUUUGAUUCUUGAAGAGAUCACUGGCACAAUGCCUAGUUUCCGCUUUAACUGCAACAUCAAACUGCCAAAACACAUCAAAUUGUCUGAUCCAUCAUUCAAUACUCCCGGAAAUAUUGAUAUGUUAAUCGGAUCGCCUCUAUUCUUUUCUUUAUUAUGCGCGGGUCAAAUAAGGUUAGGCCCAAACAUGCCCAUUCUACAAAAAACCCAACUGGGUUGGGUAAUUUCUGGCCCUAUAGGUGCCAUCCCUUCUACCAAAUCGCAAUGCAAUUUGAGUGUAUUAAACGAUCUUCCUGAACAGUUAGCCAAAUUCUGGGAAUUAGAAAGCUAUCCCUCUGACAAGGUACAUUCAGCUGAGGAGACGGAAUGCGAGACCCACUUUACGAAAACCGUCUCACGAGAUGAAGACGGAAGAUUUAUUGUCGACAUUCCUUUUAAGGCUCCUCUCGACACCCUAGGAGAAUCAUACAAUAAGGCUCAAAGACAAUUUUUCGCUUUGGAGAGGCGUCUUCAAAUGAAUCCCAUCAUUUUGGAGCGCUAUACUGCCUUUAUGGAGGAAUACCAAAAUCUAGGCCACAUGUCACUUUCAAAUGCAUCCUUUAGAGGCAUUUCGUAUUAUCUUCCCCACCAUGGAGUGAUGAAGGACUCAAGCCUUACCACCAAGCUUCGAGUGGUAUUCAAUGGUUCCUCAUCGACUACGUCGGGACGGUCUAUCAAUGAUUUUCAAAUGGUUGGCCCAACCAUACAACAGGACCUCUUUUCUAUAUUGGUGAGAUUUCGAAAAUAUACUUACGGGAUUUCCGCUGAUAUUGAAAAGAUGUACCGACAAGUUCUAGUAAACCCAGAUCAGAGACCCCUGCAACGCAUUUUGUGGAGACCUGUUCCCUCAGAGCCGCUUUUGUCCUAUGACUUGAACACCGUUACGUACGGUACAGCAUCUGCUUCAUUUCUCGCCAUCCGAUGUUUAUAUCAAAUUGGAAUAGACAUCGAAAAAUUCGAUUCCAAAACGUCAAGCAUCAUCAAGUCCGACUUCUAUGUCGAUGACCUCUUAACUGGCGCCGAUGAUCUUUUUGAAGCCCAAGUACUCGCCUCUAAAGUCUCACAUGCCCUUCGUGAAGGCUGCUUUCCGAUUCGUAAGUGGAUUUCCAACGAUCCAAGGGUACUGGCUCACUUACCCGAGGAGGACAUCCAUCCAGGCUUACUGGAACUGGGAUCCCAUGAUCAUACUACCACUCUGGGACUAAUUUGGAAUUUUCAAACCGAUAGUUUUACCUUCACCAUCUCACCAGCUCCCAUAAGUAAGAUAACCAAGCGUACUAUUCUUUCUCAAAUUGCUCAAAUUUUUGACCCGCUUGGCCUUCUCAGUCCAUGCACCGUUAGUGCUAAAAUACUCUUACAACAAUUUUGGCUGGAGAAAUUAGGAUGGGAUGAUCCGGUGCCACAGCCCAUUUUAUUGAAGUGGUCCUCUUAUAGGAGCGAAUUAAUAGAGCUUACUGAACUCCAAAUACCCAGGCACUCCAUAUGCGUUCGAUCAACUAACAUUCAACUGCAUGGAUUCUGUGAUGCCUCUAUCAGCGCAUAUGGCGCGUGUAUCUACCUCAGAUCUGUUGAUCAAAGUAAUAAAAUUCAUAUAAGUUUGUUAUGUGCCAAAUCGAAAGUGGCGCCCCUAAAGCCCCUUACCAUUCCCAAACUAGAACUCAGCGCUGCUGUCCUGUUAGCUAAACUUGUUGAACAGGUAAUUAAUUCGCUAAAUAUGAAAGUAUCCGCCACGUACCUUUGGUCAGAUUCUACAAUAGUGUUAGGAUGGGUAAAAACCAGCCCUAAUCUAUUGAAAACCUUUAUAUGCAAUCGAGUCGCUGAUAUACAGGAGCGUACUUCUUCCGCAAUCUGGAGACACGUUCCCACCAAAUGCAAUCCUGCUGACUUGCUAUCCAGGGGAGUCACGCCAAAAUCUUUAAAGUCCACUCAAUUAUGGUGGAAUGGGCCCGACUGGCUCGCAAGCUGUGAAUCAUCAUGGCCAAAACCACCUGAUUCACUCCCACACCUACCUGAGUUCAAGCUUCAAACUCACUCGCUUAUUACUACAACAUCAUUUAAUCUAAUCGACAAAUUUUCCGAUAUAUCUCGAUUGGAAAGAGUUGUUGCAUUUCUGUUGCGAUUUAUUAAUAAUUGUCGCGUGGUCAUGAAAAAUCGCAUCACUGGCCCUCUAACAGUACUCGAAAUUCGAGCCGCUCUUUUAUGCCUGAUAAAAAUAUCUCAGAUCGAAUCCUUUGGUGAAGAUCUGAAUCAGCUACGACGAAAUCGCCCCCUGAAGCGGUCCUCCUCUAUAAUAAGUCUGAAUCCAUUUUUGGAUUCAGAAGGUAUCCUGCGCGUUGGUGGCAGACUUCGCAAAUCAAAUUAUCAAUUUGAUAAGAUUCACCCUAUUGUACUCUCGGGAAAACAUCGAUUGGCCAAACUACUCACUCUCCGAGAGCACUUGAGAUUGUUACACGCUGGCCCACAGCUUCUUCUGUAUUCCCUUAGGAACCAAUUUUGGAUUAUCUCUGGAAGAAGUCUAACUAAGCAGACGGUACACAAAUGCAUGAAGUGUUUCAGAUUCUCUCCCAAACUGGUAAAACCCAUCAUGGCCGAUUUACCUCCUUCUCGUGUACAAGCUGCACCUCCAUUCUCCACCGUUGGCGUAGAUUAUGGAGGUCCUUUCCUCAUUAAAAACCACAAGGGCCGAGGUGCCAAAACCUCUAAGAGCUAUUUAUGCCUUUUCAUCUGCUUUGUGACCAAAGCAGUUCAUUUGGAACUGGUGACUAGUCUAACAGCGGAGUCUUUCAUAAUGACAUUCAGGCGGUUUGCUUCCCGCCGAGGAAAACCGUCUCACGUGUAUUCCGACAACGGAACCAAUUUUGUUGGAUCCAAUUCGCUACUGAAAGAUUUGAGCUUAUUUUUAAAGAGUAACGGCGAUCACAUCAAUAAAACGUUUGCUGUUGAAGGCACCACCUGGCACUUUAUUCCUGCCCAUAGUCCUCAUUUUGGAGGCCUGUGGGAGGCCGGUAUAAAAUCCGUAAAAUCACACUUAAGGAGAGUAUUAGGUACAUCCUUACUCACGUAUGAAGAAUUUAGUACUUUGCUAUCUCAAAUUGAAGCGACUAUCAACUCCCGUCCGCUUUCUCCCUUAUCAAGCGAUCCCAAUGACUUCCAACCCCUCACGCCGGCACAUUUUUUGAUUGGAAGACCACUGACCUCACUGCCAGAUCCAGACGUCAGCAGUAUACCGAUUCCACGUCUCAAAGCAUUUGAGCUAGUUCAACAACUUCAUCAACGCCUGUGGAAGAGAUGGAGUAAAGAAUAUGUAAGCGAGCUACAGCAGCGCACGAAAUGGCGAUCUCAUCUGUCCGACCUCAAAAAUGGCACCUUGGUGCUCUUGAAAGAAGAUAACCAGCCACCUCUACAUUGGAAGCUGGGUCUUGUUGUAGCUGUUCAUCCCGGUGCAGACGGAGUAGCGCGAGUUGCAUCUGUGAAAACUAUAAAUGGAGUGGUGAAACGUUCUUUUGCAAAAAUUUGUCCUCUGCCAAUCGUAUAG